AUGCUGUCGACGACAGUCACUCGUCCCAUCGUUCUUCUCACUCGCUUUAUGCAAUGGUCUAGUGCAGUCAUUGUCAUGGGUAUCACAUCCUACUUCAUCCAUAACUGGCCCAAGGGAGAGCAUACCAUCUACUGGGAAGUCAUUUCAACAAUUUCUGUGGCUUUCUUUCUUCCAGGGUUUGUCUCGCCGUUUAUCCCUAAUAAACUAAGCAUGUUCGUCUUGCCCAUCGACAUCAUCUUCUCUUAUCUCUGGUUGACUGCAUUUGUCUUUGCAGCCCAAGACUACAACUGGCAUGAUUGUGCUGUUAAUGCACCCCCAGGUGCCAACUGCGCCAUUAAGAAAGCUAAUGAGUCGUUUAUCUUCCUUGCCUUCAUCUUCACUUUCUUCGCCAUCGGUCUCGAGGUGGUUAAUCUGUGGGCCCAGCGCGAGUCUACACACUCCAAUGGUGGACAUGCGUCCACGCAACCUCCCACAGCCAUGGCCUAA